AUGAAGUCGGCUCUAGUCAGCACCGUAGCACUUGUCAGCGCCGCGGUAGCAUCAGCCAAAAUCACCUUGCCCAAUGGCUGGUUCAAGAUCCCACCCAAAGAGAAGAUCGAGUCAGGCAAGCUGAACGGCAAACCACGAUACCUGACCUGGAUGGCCGAUUCUCAAAUCAAGCAUGGCGUUGAACCAACCUUUGCGUACACGGUAUCAGCCUACCUCUCCGGCAUUCUUCUUGCGUACGAUAGGACAGGCGACGAAAAGUACCGCGACUAUGUCAAACGCCAUGCAGACACUGUACUGUACCCUGCCUGGAACGGUGAGAUUCUGCUUCACAACAACAGCAACUCCAUUGACGACAUUCGCUUCGGUCACACCUUCCUGGACAUGUACAACAUCACAGGCGGAGAAGAGAUUUACAAGAUUGCUGCCGACAGUCUUAAAGACCAGAUCGAUCGUUCUUUCCGUACACCGGACGGAGGUUUCUACCAUCGUUACCCAGCGUACAUCGAUCAGAUGUGGUUAGACGGUAUCUACAUGCUCGACGUAUUCUACGCACGCUGGACUCAUGAGUUCCAACCGGACAACACGACAGCUUGGGACGACAUAGCACUACAGUUCGAUCUUAUCAACGCCGGCACUACCGUCGAUCGUGAGCGUACAAAUGGCCUCCCGGUCCACGGCUUUGAUGUUAGCAAAAAGGCUAUCUGGGCUAAUCCUGAUACCGGUGCUGCACCACACGUCUGGGGUCGUGCUGUUGGAUGGUACAUUAUGGCACUCGUUGACACCCUUGACUACUUUCCAGAGAAGCACGAAGGACGUGCAAGACUGAUCGAGUACCUCCAGGCUGUUGCUGAUGCUAUUGUCGCAGCUCAAGACUCGAGGUAUAAGGGCUGGUACAACAUCAUGGAUCCAGGGCUUGAGAGACGUUCGGGUAACUACAUUGAGAGCUCGGGUUCUGCUAUGUUCGUGUACGGUCUUCUGAAAGGUGUACGACUUGGAUAUCUUGAGGAUAAAAAGUACCUUGAUGCCGCGCUCAGUGGGUAUGAGCUCAUGACCGAGACUUUUGCUGAGAAGCGCAAGGGUGAUGGCGCACUCGUGUGGGAGUGGACUGUUCAGACUGGUAGUCUGAGUUCCAAUGGUACCUUUGAGUACUACGCAAGCAUGCCUUUGUUCGAAAAUGAUUUGAAAGGCGUUGCACCCUUCCUCUUUUCCAGUUAUGAGUAUGAGCUGUACGUUGAAAGUCAACAGUGA